AUGUUCGGGACCCACGGAGGGGCCCGAACACUUAUGUCUUACGAGCUCUUCGGCUCCCCCCCACUGUCGCUUAACCUGGAUUCGGGCCAUGACCGACUUUUGGGUUCGUCUUCGACACUCGUAGAAAGGUGGAAGCGGGAAUUUCGCGCUCGUCGGGCGCAGUGCGAGAGAAGGGAGAACUCAGAGAUAAACACACAAUCCCCGGGAGAUCGCACGCUUGUGCACGCCAUGGUGGGUCCAACCUAUGGAGGUCGGCUAUUUCUAUCCAACACAUCAUUUGAGGGCCAGACGGGUUUUAUAUCCAGAGACUCUUUCAGCCAGAAUGUCAUCUCAGAGGCCCAUCACUACAUCUGGUCCCUCCAGCUGGACCCUCUAGGCCAGCCAACCUGGACCCGUCUGGGACGCUGGCGCAAGGGGGAAGUUCUCAUGGACCGCCGGGCCUGGCCGAGCCAUCAGGGAUCUGGGGGCGGAGGAGACUGGCGCCGAUCCGCGCGACUGCACAUGCGGGUGGUGACGCUGGUCGAGCACCCGUUUGUGUUUACCCGCGAGGUGGACAGCGAUGGGAUGUGUCCCGCGGGCCAGUUGUGCCUCGAUCCGCUCACCAAUGAUUCUUCGGUUGUUAAAGGAUUAUUCAAGAAGCUCUCGGGACGCAAUGGAUCUGUCCCCACAGAAUUGAAAAAGUGCUGUUAUGGUUACUGCAUAGACCUGCUGGAGAAGCUGGCAGAGGACAUGGGCUUCACCUUUGACCUCUAUAUUGUAGGCGAUGGGAAGUAUGGUGGGUUCAAGAAUGGGCGGUGGACAGGAUUGGUGGGGGAUCUGCUCAGUGGCGCCGCCCACCUGGCAGUGACAUCUUUUAGCAUUAAUUCAGCCAGGAGCCAAGUCAUCGACUUCACUUCCCCCUUCUUCUCCACCAGCCUGGGAAUUCUGGUUCGUACACGCGACACAGCUGCACCCAUCGGUGCCUUCAUGUGGCCUCUCCAUUGGUCCAUGUGGCUCGGCAUCUUCGUUUCACUCCACGUCACCGCUGUUUUCCUCACCCUGUAUGAGUGGUUCAGCCCGUUUGGUAUGACCCCACGUGGACGCAACCGCGACCGGGUCUUCUCCUUCUCCUCGGCGCUCAACGUGUGCUACGCCAUUUUAUUUGGGAGAACGGUGGCCAUCAAGCCGCCAAAGUGCUGGACAGGCCGCCUGCUGAUGAACCUCUGGGCCAUCUUCUGUCUGUUCUGUCUGUCCACCUACACCGCUAACCUAGCUGCCGUCAUGGUCGGGGAGAAGACCUACGAACAACUGUCAGGGAUACAUGACCCAAAGUUGCACCAUCCGUCUCAGGGAUUCCGAUUCGCCACAGUUAAAGAAAGCAGCGCGGAGGACUACCUCAAGAAGAGUUUUCCUGAGAUGCACGAGUACAUGAGAAGAUACAAUGUCCCGGCAACACCAGAUGGCAUACAUAAUCUCAAGGCUGAUCCUCAGAGACUGGAUGCAUUCAUUAUGGAUAAAGCUCUGCUGGACUACGAGGUUUCCAUAGAUGCAGAAUGUAAGACACUAACAGUCGGGAAACCCUUUGCAAUAGAAGGCUAUGGAAUCGGCCUCCCUCAGAAUUCUCCACUCACCUCCAACAUCUCAGAGCUUGUUAGUCAGUACAAGUCUGAUGGCUUCAUGGACACGCUGCAUGACAAAUGGUACAAGGUUGUGCCCUGCGGAAAGCGCAGCUUUGCUGUGACUGAGACGCUGCAGAUGGGAAUAAAGCAUUUCUCCGGUCUGUUUGUGAUGCUCUGUGUGGGCGUGGUCUUGUCUCUUGUGACCACAGUAGCAGAACACAUUGUGUACAAGCUGGUGAUCCCGAGGGUCAAGGAGCCACGCUUCAGAUACUGGCUGCACACGAGCCAGAGAUUACACCGAGCCCUUAACUCCGUCUUCAACGAUGACAAACUGCCGACUGUAACCAAGCCUGAUAAGAGGAGGAGCAGCUUGGGCGCAUCGUUGUUGCUAAUCUAUGACAGAGCACUAGCCGCCAUGUGA